AUGCCAAGACUUCCCACAAAACUAAUCUUGCAAGCCUACAAGGAAAAUCCUUUGCUGGUUGACCUCAUCAAAGAGUGCCGGACUCUCGAGCAUGCGCGGAACGAAUUACGGUGGCUAUCUGAGGGUGCCGUCGCCAGAGUCUUAAAUACGGAGGCAUCUCCCGAGGGACGACAUGUUGGCCAUUCCAGGCGAACAUGGCAACAAGAACUAAGGAGGAUGUGUGCAGGUCGCGGCAGGGGAAAGCCUCUCCAGUAUAUACUAGGUGAUCAGCCUUUCGGAGACCUCGAAAUACUUUGUCAGAGAGGGGUCUUGAUACCACGUGCCGAAACCGAGUCUUAUACGUCCCAUGCGCGAGAUAUUAUAAUGAAAGGCCCCUAUGCCAAAGACUUCAGAAAAUCUUUACGUAUCCUUGAUUUAUGCAGUGGCAGUGGCUGCAUCUCAUUGCUCCUUCACUCGCUUCUUGCGUCCGAUAUCAAAGACCUUACCAUAGUUGGAAUUGAUGUGGACCCGCAAGCUAUCAAGCUGAGUCAGAAGAACAAAUUACACAAUAUCCGGCGCGGUCUCCUUUCUUCCCGGGCAGAAAACGAAGUUUACUUUAUCAAGUUCGACAUCUUACAUUCGAUCCAAUCGGGCAACUCAUCAUUGAUGGGUACUCUGCAAAGCCACUUCCAUGCAAGUAGCACCAACAACACGUGGGAUGUCCUCAUAUCGAACCCACCUUACAUAUCUCCAUCUAACCUCAUUAAUGGAACAACUACUCGAAGCGUUCGGAGGUAUGAGCCAAUCAAGGCUCUUGUACCUCCAGUCGUUGACUCUUCGAUCUGGCAAGACUCGGGUUUUGAAUAUGUAGCCCGUGAGGAUAUUUUUUACGCAGUGUUGUUGUCUCUCGUAGAUCAACUAUGUGUGAAGGUUACUGUGUUAGAAUGCGGUGACUUGGAACAGGCCCAGCGUGUUGUGACAAUGGCACGCGCCCUAUUUGAGAAAGUUGGGGACAUUGCUAAGCAACGUGUGUACAUUUGGGAUGAUUGUUAUACUGUGAAUGACGAUGAUGGGGGCGCUCGGGCAGUCAUCAUAGAGAGAUUGCCAUGA